UGCCAGUAACUAAUAUAACUUCACUGAGAGCGUGAGCGAAGCUAGUAGAAAACAAUGAGGAAGUGGGCGAUCCCUUCCGCUCUGAUUCUCCUCUGUCUCCUAUGUCUCAUCCCCGAUCAAGGACGAAAGCUACAAGCAAAUGCAGAUGAAGGAGCUGUUGAUCCUCCGAAGGUGGAAGAUAAGAUCGGUGCUGUGCCAAAUGGUUUGCAGACCGAUUCCGAUGUCGUUAAAAGGGAAUCAGAGUCGAUCUCCAAGAGAUCGCUCCGCAGUAAUGCGGAGAAGUUUGAGUUCCAGGCUGAGGUGUCUCGGCUCAUGGAUAUUAUCAUCAACUCCCUUUACAGUAACAAGGAUAUUUUCCUUAGGGAGAUAAUCUCCAACGCUUCUGAUGCUUUGGACAAGAUUAGGUUCCUUUCCCUAGUAGAUAAAGAAGUUUUGGGUGAAGGCGACACUGCCAAGCUUGAGAUUCAGAUUAAGUUGGAUAAAGAAAAGAAAAUUCUUUCAAUUCGAGACAGAGGUAUUGGAAUGACAAAAGAAGAUUUGAUCAAGAACCUGGGAACUAUUGCAAAAUCUGGAACUUCAGCAUUUGUGGAGAAAAUGCAAACAAGUGGAGACCUGAACCUUAUUGGGCAGUUUGGUGUUGGGUUCUAUUCUGUGUAUCUGGUUGCGGACUAUGUUGAAGUUAUUAGCAAACAUAAUGACGAUAAACAGUACGUCUGGGAAUCAAAGGCUGAUGGGGCAUUUGCAAUUUCUGAGGAUACAUGGAAUGAACCACUGGGACGUGGAACUGAGAUUAAAUUGCAUCUCAGGGAGGAAGCUGGAGAGUACUUAGAGGAGAGCAAAUUGAAGGAUUUGGUGAAGAAAUAUUCUGAAUUCAUUAACUUCCCUAUCCAUCUCUGGGCAAGCAAAGAGGUUGAUGUUGAAGUUACUUCAGAUGAAGAUGAGACAAGUGAUGAGGAAACAUCCAAAAGCAGCACUUCUGAAGAAGGAGAAGAUGAGGAUACCGAAAAAAGUGAAGAUGAAGAGACAGAGAAGAAACCAAAAACAAAGAAGGCGAAGGAGACAACAUAUGAAUGGGAGCUUUUGAAUGAUGUUAAGGCUAUAUGGUUGCGGAGUCCAAAGGAUGUGACAGAUGAAGAAUACACAAAAUUCUAUCAGUCUUUGGUAAAGGAAUUUGGUGAUGAGAAGCCUAUGUCAUGGACUCACUUCACUGCUGAAGGUGAUGUUGAGUUCAAGGCUGUUUUGUUUGUGCCUCCUAAGGCUCCGCAUGAUCUGUAUGAGAGUUACUAUAACACCAACAAGGCCAACUUGAAGUUAUAUGUGAGAAGGGUUUUCAUCUCUGAUGAAUUUGAUGAGCUCUUGCCAAAAUAUCUUAGCUUCUUGAAGGGCCUUGUUGAUUCUGACACUCUACCAUUGAAUGUAUCUCGAGAGAUGCUUCAACAACACAGCAGUUUAAAAACAAUCAAGAAGAAGCUCAUCCGAAAGGCCCUUGAUAUGAUCCGCAAAAUUGCUGAGGAGGAUCCUGAUGAGUCCAGUGACAAAGACAAGACAGAAGUUGAUACAUCCAGUGAUGAUGAUGAGAAGAAGGGUCAAUAUACUAAAUUCUGGAAUGAGUUUGGCAAAUCUAUUAAACUCGGUAUUGUUGAGGAUGCAACUAACAGAAAUCGCUUGGCAAAACUUCUCAGAUUCGAGAGCACCAAGUCUGAUGGUAAAUUGACUUCACUGGAUCAGUACAUCUCUAGAAUGAAACCAGGACAAAAAGAUAUCUUCUACAUUACUGGAACCAACAAAGAACAAUUGGAAAAAUCUCCAUUCUUGGAAAGGCUCAAGAAGAAAAAUUAUGAGGUUAUUUUCUUCACAGAUCCAGUUGAUGAAUACCUGAUGCAGUAUCUGAUGGAUUAUGAAGAUAAGAAGUUCCAAAAUGUCUCCAAGGAGGGUCUGAAAUUGGAGAGAGACUCAAAAACCAAAGAACUCAAGGAGACGUUUAAGGAACUCACCAAGUGGUGGAAGGGUGCACUUGCCAGUGAGAAUGUUGAUGAUGUGAAGAUAAGCAACAGAUUGGACAACACACCUUGUGUGGUUGUAACCUCGAAGUUUGGAUGGAGUGCCAAUAUGGAGAGGAUCAUGCAAUCUCAAACACUAUCCGAUGCUAGUAAGCAAGGAUAUAUGCGUGGCAAAAGGGUGCUUGAGAUCAACCCUAGACAUCCGAUCAUCAAGGAGCUCCGUGAGAGAGUUGCAAAUGACCCAGAGGGUGAGAGUCUGAAGCAAACAGCUUAUCUUAUUUACCAAACUGCACUCAUGGAGAGUGGCUUCUCGCUGAAUGAUCCCAAGGAUUUUGCCAACCGCAUCUACAGCUCAGUCAAAUCCAGCCUCAAUAUCAAUCCCGAUGCAGCCAUUGAGGAGGAAGAGGAAGUAGAAGAACCUGAGGCUGAGAACGAGGCAAAGGAAGAUGCAGGUGCUUCCAAAGUUGAAGCUGAACCUGUAGAGGAUGAAGAAGACACAGAACCUUCUGAUGUUCACGAUGAACUGUAGAUUUUCUAAAUCAUGGCGGAUUCUUCUAUCCCUAGGAAUACAUUAUUUUUUUUUCUCUCCGUAAUGCAUUCCAGUCCCUUCCAUGGGUGCCCGGAAAUCUUCGUCUUGCAUUUUUACUUUUUGGAAACUUAAAUGAAACAAAAUGUUUAGAUCCCAGAGCUAUUGUGUUAGAUGUAGUUUUCAGGAAUUUUGUUUUAGCUUCUAAUCAAUGAAUGAGCUAGCU